CCCGCCUCAUUUCAGAUCGAGCCUCCGCGCGGACUGCACCAGCUCCACCUGCCGCUCUCCACGCGCGUGUCUCAGGUGUGUGAAGCUCAGGUGUGAAGCUUAGGUGUAUCUCAGUGUUAUAGAGCCGCCGUAUUUCUUCGUAGUUAAGUAUAUAAUGUGUAGCGCGCGGCCGGGAUCGGGAGCGCGCUGACCGCGAGCUCGUGUUUAUUUACUUUAUUCAGAGGAAGAAUCUCCUCGUCUUCCGGCUCGCCGCGCUGCUGCCACAGGGACGCUCGCGCUCCUCCAGCCAUACCGUCUCGCGCAGGUAACGGUCGCCCCGCGCGCGCAGCUUUAUGUUAGCCCCGCUGAUGGCGAACAUGGCCAGUCUGAAGGCGCUCGACGAGCCGUUCGGGAGAGUCGCCUCUGAACCGGUUGAGGAUACGGACCCCAGCAGCUUCAUUACAGAUAUGUCUCUGAAGUCCAACUACCCAGUUCAAGUCACUGAUCCACAAGAUAAUGUGACUCUGCAGCUCAGUUCAGUUCCUCCUGGAUAUCUCACGCCUCCUAUGGACCGAAUACAACAGCCAGUUGAAAAUGACGCAAGUGAAUUUAUCUGUCCAGGAUCCAUCGCUCCAGACUUCACCAAAGACCUGCAGUGCUUGUCCAGCUCCUGCGAAAAGUGCCUGUGCUCCAUCCCUGCGCCGAAGAUCAGCGACCUGCUGGACGACGAAGAUCUCCUCUACUCUCUCCGCCUGAAGCUGGACCCGACACACUGCACCAUCAAGAACUGGAAGAACUUUGCAAGCCGCUGGGGCAUGAGCUACGACGAGCUAACGCUGCUGGAGCAGCGGACACACGGCUCCACGUACCACAGCCCCACGCAGGAGUUCCUGCUCCGCUACAGCCAGAAACCCGUCACGGAGCUCACCAAACUCUGCCAGUUCUACCAGCGCAUCGACGUACUGAAGCUGCUUCAGCAGUGGGUGGAGAACGACUGGCCGUCACGCUGGAGGAGGCCGCACUAACUCUGAUUCGGCAGGCGGAUGCUGAGAAGUGAGCGGGCGUGGGAUGGACGUGGACGCUCGCUGUGCUCUCUAUAAGAGACUUGGAGCACUAUGAGCAGAUGACAGCAUGGAUCCGCACAUUAGGAACAGAACACACUUACGUUGAGAAUGCUGCUGCAGCGCAAAUCAUCUAAAUGUUUGUCUUUUUAAUAGCAGCCACUCAGUAUACUUCUGGGUAUAGGCCUGGAAGGAUGCUGAACUGUCUAUGCAAAAAAAAAAAAAAACUCUCAUCAUUUAAUCAAUAAAUUGGAGCAAUUUAACCAACCAACAUUAACCAGGCCCCCUCUGUUUCCAAAACCAGCCUGCAGUUCACUCUUCAGCAAGAACUGUAAAACUGCUGGGGGCAACGAAGGGUUAAAUCAAGAGCCACUUCAGCUCGUAAUCUCUUGAUUUAGUCUUCAGACUGCAGGCAGUUACUUUGUUUCUGGUUUUGUUUUUCAAAUCAGUUCGCGAUUGAGAUGACUGUCUGCACUGAUAUUGUAAGUGAAUGGAUAGUCUGGACAUCACAAACAAACAUCUGUAUGGUAUCGAGGUCGGCAUAAGUAACUAACCUUGGUGCUCUUCUAGGACCCCCGCACUUCCGUCAGUCUGCCUUUGAUGAGGUUGUUGUUUGUCGUGUUGUGACGCACAAGGUUGACAGGUUGAAAUCUGAUUUAAGCAUCCAGAGCAUACAGAUUGAGACACAUCUGUACAAAACUGAUUGUAAUCACAUUUCAAACCACUUUCAAACGUGGCUUGGAUCAAAUUUGCUUAAAUCAGAUUUGAUCUGUUUUUUGAUUGUCCAGACUAUUUAAAAAAAAUGAAUCCAGAUACAUUUUAGUCUGAACAUAGGCUUCUAUACAGUGGCAUGCAAACGUUUGGAUGGACACCC